AUGGAUACUUUGCUGAAAACUCAUAACAAGCUUGAAUUUUUGCACCCACUUCAUGGGUUUGCAAAUAAAGUUAGUGCCUUCGGUUCUUUGAAGCCUCAGAAUCAAGACAUUAGGUUUGGUUCGAAAAGAGAACAUAUAAAAUUGGGGAAAAGUGUUUGUGUCAACGCCAGUUCUAGUACCCUCUUGGAACUCGUGCCUGAAACUAAGAAGGAAAAUCUUGAAUUUGAGCUUCCCGUGUACGAUCCUUCUAAGGGCCUUGUGGUGGAUCUGGCUGUUGUGGGUGGUGGCCCUGCAGGACUAGCGGUCGCACAGCAAGUUUCAGAAGCUGGGCUAUCGGUUUGCUCGAUUGAUCCUUCACCCAAAUUGAUUUGGCCCAAUAAUUAUGGUGUUUGGGUUGAUGAAUUUGAGGCCAUGGAUUUGUUGGAUUGUCUUGACACCACCUGGUCGGGUGCUAUGGUUUUCAUUGACGACAAGACAACUAAAGAUCUUGAUAGACCUUAUGGGAGGGUAAACAGGAAGCAGCUGAAAUCGAAAAUGAUGCAGAAAUGCAUUUCAAAUGGUGUUAAAUUUCAUCAAGCCAAGGUUGUGAAAGUAAUUCACGAGGAAUCGAAAUCUUUGUUGAUUUGCAAUGAUGGUGUUACUAUUCAGGCUGCUGUGGUUCUUGAUGCAACUGGAUUUUCCAGAUGUCUUGUACAGUAUGAUAAGCCAUAUAAUCCGGGCUAUCAAGUAGCUUACGGGAUUUUGGCAGAAGUGGAAGAACACCCUUUAAGUAUGAUAAGCCAUAUAAUCCGGGCUAUCAAGUAG